AUGAUUCAUUUGAUAGUGCAGGUUUUUUCUUUUAAUUUUACAAACGCAGUAUGUUUUUCAUUUUUAAUUUUUAUAAUUUUAUUUUCAUUUUAUUCAAAAAAUAAAUAUAUGCAUAAAUUCAAUAAUAAUAAUAAUAUCUGCAAAAAAAAAUAUUAUAUAAACUCUCGCAAAAAUAAAGGAGAUAUUUCGAAGAAUUUAAGUAAAAAAACAAAUAAUUUGACUGAUAAUAAAGAGAAUGAUAAUCUAAAAUAUGAGAAGAAAUUUCUUUUUAAAAGGAAAAAUAAAUUUUUAAAAAAAAUGAAGCAAAAAUUAUUUCAUAAUAAUUUAACAUAUUAUAAUUUUAGAUAUAUAUUAGACUUUAAUGUAAGUAAAAAAGCUAAAAAAAAAAAGAGGAAACUAGUCUAUAGUAUAUCAAAUGAAAAAAAAAAAAAAAUAAAUAUAAAAAAUAAGAAUUUAUAUGAAAAUAAUAUUGCACAAACUACCAUAAUAGAAGAGAAAGCUAAACCUUUCGCUAUUUUUAAUAAUGAAAAAAAAGAAGAUAUAGAAAAAAUGCUAGUAGAUCUAAGAGAUAUUUAUGAUAAUUUAAAAAUUUUAGUUGACAAUAGAGAUUUAAAAGAGAAAAAAAAAACAAAUUUAUUUGCAGCAGCAAAUAUAAAUAAUGAAAAACCUUUAAAGAAAAAUGCACAUCCUUUAAAUAAUAAUGAAGGAUUAAAUUAUGAAAAAAUGCAUAAUUGUGUGUAUGAAAAGUUCAAUAAAGAAAAUAUAACAUCACAUAAAAAUGAAAUAGAAUCUUAUAUUUGUGAUCUAUUUAAAAUAUAUAAAAAAAUAGAAUUAUUAAAAGAUACAAACACAUAUAAAUAUGUGUGUACGUUUAAUGAAUAUUGUAAUUUUCUAUUAAAUUUUAAAGUAUUAGAUUAUUUAGAUAUAUGUAGAAAUAACAAUAUAGCUAAAGAAAUAAGUACCAAUCUAAUACAAAAAGUAAUUAUCUACAUGUGGAGAAUUUAA